AUGCCGAAGAAGAACAAGCACUCCGUAAAAGCAUCAACAGCUUGUCCCGAAAGUGGCUUGCAAACCAACAGAGUGCCUCCAGCAAUUCAGCCAACGCAUCUCGUGGGCAAUUACAUGCAUUCCGCUUCGUACGGAGCUGGCCAGAGCCCAGCCAGUGCCCGAGCAGGCCAACAUCAGGACGCUGCAAACCGUCUUUCACAGCCCGGCCAUUACUCACAACUCCAAGCUGGUUAUGAAAAGGUUGCGCAGCAUAUAGCACAAUCCCCAGCGCAACAAGUCGCAACCAUAACACAGCAAAACUACGAACACCUAAAGGUUGCAAUUUCUGCACCGCCAGUCAAGAAGCCGAAAAAGAAGAAGAACGAAACAACGACGACGAUGACAACCACGAAGAAGACCCAGACGCUGGUGUACAAAGAAUCCACGCUCGGUGGCAAGGCGCACAGAGAAGCAGCAAAGCGUGGCGAAAGCGAGAAGUUCGAGGACGAAGUGCAAACAAUGAUUGUUUCAAUGGGAGUGUGUCCGAGCUUGUACAGAUGGUACAAGAAUACCGGUGGCGGCUAUCUGUGUGCAGGUGGUAACCACAGCAUUACAUUUGAUGAGAUCGACAAAUGGGCUAACAGAAAAACUUACACGCCCGAGAUAAUGAUAGUCAACACCUUCUUACCUAGCAGCGAUGGGCUUGUCAUCGGCACACACCCUCCUCAGGUCGACUUCUGGCAGGAAAUGCAUGCAGUGCACGCUUCCUUUGUGCAGGCUGCAGCUGCCGCAGGCUUCAGACCCGACUUCGAAAGUAUAGAGGGCGAUCCCAGGUUUAGAAGUAACGGCGAGUUAUCUGAUGAAGAAGUCUGCCGCUGUUUCGAGAAGUUGGGAAUCCAACCACUGACAGAUGCGGAGAGCGAUAUGAGAAGAGCACAAGCACGCUCGUUCGGACGGGCUGGCAUCGGGGGCCAGCCAGGCUUCGGCGGCGGCGGCGGCUACAAUUCGGGCCUUAAUGGGGGCUUUGGCGGCGGCGGCGGCGGCGGCUUCGGCGGGUCGGGAUGGGUUCACCCUUACGGCAUACCGGAUCCCGCAUUCGGUAGCAUGUUUGGCAGACCAGGCUUCGGAGGGUGGGUUGGGUGA